CCGAAACUAACGCCUUCACGAACAACCAAUAAACCCCUGAUUCGUCUCAACACCACCAUGUCCACGGCGGCGAUGUCGGCCAUGGGUUUCACAUCCUCAAGGGCUCACUCCAAAUUGAACCCCUACAUUCCGAUUCAAUCUUUUCAACCGCCAAUUUCCCUUUCUGUUCGAACCACCGGAGUUCUUCACAAUACCUGUUCGUUGAAUCACCACCACCACCACAGCCGCGAAAAGUUUCCGAUAUUGCUUGCAUUUUCUGGAGGAGGAGACGACGGUAUCGGAAAUGGAAAUAGUUCUGGUGGCGGCGGAGGCGGGGAUGGAGGUAGCGGCGGUGGAAGCGGUGGCGAUAGAAACGAGAAGGAGGCGUUAAUGGUGUUGGCGGAGGUGGGUAGGUCGUUGGAUACUAUUCCGAAGGACUUGGCGGCGGCAAUUGGGUCGGGUAAAAUACCUGGAUCCAUAGUGCAGAGGUAUUUGGAGAUGGAGAAGUCGCCAUUUUUAAGGUGGUUGCUUCAAUUUGGAGGGUUUAAGGAGCGUUUGCUUGCUGAUGAUCUUUUUCUGGCUAAGGUUGGCAUGGAAUGUGGUGUCGGUAUGUUCACCAAGACAGCUGCAGAAUACGAAAAGCGCAAAGAAAAUUUCUCCAAGGAGCUGGAAAUCGUUUUCGCAGAUGUGGUGAUGGCUGUAAUUGCAGAUUUUAUGCUUGUUUACCUUCCUGCACCUACCAUAUCUCUUCGACCUCCCAUAUCUCUCAAUGCUGGACGUAUUGCCAAGUUCUUCUACAACUGUCCUGACAAUGCCUUCCAGACUGCUCUGGGUGGAGCAUCAUAUUCCUUACUUCAGAGACUGGGUGCUAUAGCGCGAAAUGGGACAAAGCUCUUUGCUGUGGGCACUGCAUCAUCACUGGUUGGCACAGUCGUCACAAAUACGCUGAUAAAUGCUAAAAAGGCUGUUCAGAAAUCUUCUGAUGAUGAGCUCGAGAAUAUACCUGUCUUAUCCACCAGUGUGGGAUACGGUGUUUAUAUGGCAGUCUCUAGCAAUCUCCGGUACCAAAUUCUGGCGGGUGUCAUUGAACAACGGCUCCUGGAACCGUUGUUACACCAACACAAGCUAAUGCUGAGUGCAGCCUGCUUCGUUGUUCGGACAGGAAACACGUACUUGGGUUCAUUAUUGUGGGUCGAUUAUGCCCGUUUGGUAGGGCUUCAGAAGGCUCCUGAGGUCGAAUGAAGCUGUGGUUCUUGACUUCCAAUAUAGCUUCAGGUUAGCCAGCAUUAGUUGAGUUAUUGUGGAUGUUCUGGUUUCGUGUUUGUGUCCGAAGGGGUGGCUGGUUCCCCCCAAUUUUCAAUAUUUUCAGGGUCUUUUUACUUGGUUUCAAACGACUUAUGUACCAAGACUUCUUUGCAGUUUCUAGUCGUUCUGAUAUGUAAGAGUGUCUUGCCGAAUGAUAUCAUAAUUUCCACGAAGGUUGGAUUUGUCGUCUAGAUGUCGUUUUCUUUUUCUUUCUAAAAUCUUGUCUGAAAACGAGUAAACUGGAA